AUGCUCCGUAUCCCCACGCGCCUCUGCUCGCAUAUUAUGUACCUCCGCCCGUCGCCAAGCCAGUAGAUCAAGGCGCCCGAGUUCGAAUCCUCUCCCAGCGUUCGGCCUCUCUCGUCUUCUCUCGCUCACCCGCUUCUCUCUCGGACUCUCCCCGGCAGCAGCGAUGGCGGCCCUGUCCACCAUGCAAGCCGUGUCCAUCUCCCAGGCCUCGUCUUUGGCCGUGGCCCCCAGCACUUCUGCCAAGUAUGGCCCCAGCUCUUCUUUCCUCGGAUCUAGCCUCAGGACUGCCGCACCGUCCCUGGUCCAGACCAAGGGUAAGGCCAGUAUUGUGUGCGAGGCCGAGGAGGAGAAGCCCAAGAAGAAGGUCGACAGGUGGGCCGCUCUGGGAUACGACAUUUCCGAUGACCAGCAGGAUAUUGCCCGCGGAAAGGGUAUGGUGGAUGCUCUCUUCCAGGGAGCUACCGGCAUGGGAACCCAAAAUGCUAUCAUGAAUUCAUGGGACUACGUCAGCCAGGGUCAGAGGACCUUCACCUUCGACAACAUGAUGAACGACUACUACAUUGCACCCGCCUUCAUGGACAAGAUCCUUAUCCACAUUUGCAAGAACUUCAUGGACCUGCCCAACAUCAAGGUUCCUCUUAUUCUUGGAGUCUGGGGAGGAAAGGGACAGGGAAAAUCCUUCCAGGCCGAGCUCGUGUUUGCCAAGCUCGGAAUUCAGCCAAUCAUGAUGAGUGCUGGAGAGUUGGAGUCUGGAAAUGCCGGAGAACCCGCUAAGUUGAUCCGACAAAGGUACCGUGAGGCCGCUGACAUUAUCAGGAAGAAGGGUAAGAUGUGCUGCCUGUUCAUCAACGAUCUCGAUGCCGGUGCUGGAAGAAUGGGAGGCACUACCCAGUACACUGUGAACAACCAGAUGGUGAACGCCACCCUCAUGAACAUCGCCGAUAACCCCACCAACGUGCAGCUCCCCGGAGUCUACAACAAGGAAGAAAUCCCAAGGGUUCCCAUCAUCGUCACAGGAAACGAUUUCUCUACCCUGUAUGCACCCCUCAUCCGUGAUGGACGUAUGGAGAAGUUCUACUGGGCCCCUACCCGAGACGACCGAAUUGGAGUCUGUGUUGGUAUCUUCAAGACCGACAAUGUACCAAAGGUUGACAUCGUGAAGCUGGUUGACACCUUCCCUGGUCAAUCUAUCGAUUUCUUCGGUGCCCUCAGGGCCCGAGUGUACGAUGACGAGGUCAGGAACUGGAUCGGAAACGUUGGUGUCGAGAACAUUGGAAAGAAGUUGGUUAACUCCAAGGAAGGACCACCAACAUUCGAGAAGCCCAAGAUGACCAUCGCUAAGCUCUUGGAAUACGGUAACAUGUUGGUGGCAGAACAAGACAACGUCAAGCGUGUGCAGCUUGCCGACAAGUACAUGAACGAGGCUGCUCUCGGAGACGCUAACGCUGAUGCCAUUGCCCAAGGAAACUUCUUUGAAGACGCUCCUGUCCCAGCCACCUAGAAACAAUUUGGUGAAAUCAAAUCUUCUCCUGCUGCCUGAUGCACAAAGGGGGAAGUCCUCGUGGUCAGAACGACUGAUAGUUAUGCGGUGCGCGUGAAUCUGGAUUGAUUGUCUCCAGGGAAAGCAGCUCAGCAGGUGAACGUGCCUGUUCCUGAGGGAUGCACAGACCCAGGCGCUCAGAAUUUCGACCCCACUGCCCGAAGUGAUGAUGGAACUUGCGUUUACGAGUUUAAGAAUUUGUAGACUAUCUGUCAGGAGAAUUCAUCUUCAUUGUACCAUGCGUGCGCGAUUCAAUCCAAGAGUAUCUCAGACUGCAGUCAUAUGCCGUCUGAAGUAUAUUCUUGUACUAUGAUGUAGAAUCUCCCCGAGUUUCCAGCUACGAGAGGCUAGUCUCAACCUAAGAGUAGGAGUCGAUUAGUAGUAGAUAAAUGUCUUUUUUUAUGUAUGCUCGUUGCGGGUCGGAAAAUUUUACCGGCCCGUCCGGGCUGUUGUAGGAGGUGAAAUUGGCCUGAAGAUUGGCCUAUCAUGAUGUAAAGUACGUGGCCCAGAUUUUGUACCGCUUGAACAAAUUUAUCUUGUUAACGCUUUUUUACCUCUUUA